AUGGGUGAUCUGACUCUAGCAGACGCUGAAGUGGAGGUGGAUGAGAAUCCAUGUGCAGUGUCUGUGCCAAAGAAAAGGGAAAAACGUGGACGGGGACGUCCUGCUGGAACAUUCGGCAGCAAGGAUUGGAAAGAGUAUUGCCAAGAGCAGGAUAGAGAGAGACUUGCUCAGCUACCAAAGCCUGGGGAUAUUGCAUAUGCCCGGGCAUGUCGCGCUGAGAAAGUGCAAGAACGUCACAAACAAAAAGAAGCAUUCGCAGUCGCAGCGGAUCAAAUGAAGUUGAAGAUAGCUGUGACCCCAGAGAGCACGCAGGCCUUGGAGGAAUACUUUCCACCUGAAGUCGUGUCUAUCUCUUCCAAGAAACCUUUGCAUUUGGAUCUACAGACUGCUCUCCUGAAAUCUGUGCAGAAAGGGGUGGAACCUGACGACCAAUUGACAGAAAAGCACCUUACUGGAGCAAUGAUGACUAUGAGCGCCAAAGCUUUGGAGUCUUGCACCGCAGAGAACAAUGUCGGGAGACGUAUUCUCUCCAUCUCUUCAGCAAUUUUUGAAUGGAUUGCAUUGAUGUGGAGUUGCUUGUUGUCAUUCUUUGUAUCAUCUGAUAGUGGGAUGCGCCCAGUGCUCUCCAUGCCGAGACUCAGAUAUGAUGAGACACCCACAAAGGUCAAGGUGCUUGACCACCAGGAUGAUGUGUCUGCGCUGCUGGAUGAUUCAACUUUGACCAUUGAGCAGCUAUGCAGUCUCAAUGUUUUGCAAUCAGAAGCUAGCACAUCUGCUGCGAAGAUAUUACAAAUCGAAUUGGGUAUUGGAUCUUUGCUCUUUGACCCAAAGCGGGACAAGUACUUUUGGAUCUAUGGGCAGCUUCCCACUUGUUUGUAUGGUCUUCAAUCCACAACAGGAAGCAACACGUUCUUGGCUUUGAAGGAUUGUGUGGAUGCUGUUCCAUCAUACCGAGAAACCAGCAUGAAGUAUGCCUUCAAUUUGAGACACACUUGCAGUGACAGAUACCUAGCCAACAAUGUUGCAGAGCGUCAUAUGAACGGAUACUUUCCUGAUGCAACACUGAUCCACUUGCACUGUGAUGUCCACCGCUUAUACCAGUGCACUCGUGCUGCAAUGGACAUGGCAGAGAAAGACAUUUCAGGGUGCAUAGCAUUCGCUUUGGCUUUUGGUGACCCUGGUGUGGUCCCACGCAUGAGACAGGUGAUGUCAAAAAUCCUUCUUCGUAAGCUGGAGGUGGUUUUUGAACCACCACCUUCAGAUUGGAUUGAUGACUACAAACAGUAUCAAGCAGAGGUCUUCGACACGUUCCUGCCGAUUUACAAUGUGGUACCUGCUCGUGCCAAGUUGAAUCGCAAGAGGAGAUUCAUCCUUGGCCAUUUCCUGAACGGAGCUAUGUGGUGCCCUGAGGUCACUCACCAUUGUCCAUAUGGAUGCUGCAGUUCUGAAUUAUCCACUUUGAAAGGUGUCUCAAUCUUCGUGUCCUGGGCAUUGAUACCAACACGAUGCCCAAUGUUUCCGAGGAGCAGGUGGACAAAUGCAGAUAUUGCAAUAGACUUCGUUGGCCUUUUGGCAUCUGUUCACUCACUGCUUGAGCCCUUUGCGCUAGAGAUGACUGGUGGUCCUGAUAAGGAGCAUGGUGAGCAACAAACCAAAACCAAAUCUGAUGAAAGCAGCAACCUUUACGAUUUGUUGGACUCAAAGGCUGCAAUCGAGUGUGAGGAUGAGUGGAAUGCACUUCUUUUGGAAGAGACUGGAUUGGCUGCAGAGCAUCAAGCAACACAAACGACUGGGGUGGCUGCAGGCGAUGCCAAGAAGGUCAACACUGAGCCUGGGUCAUCGGAGAAGUUCAUGGCAGCUGACACAACCACAAAUGAUUCAGGUGAAGCCGAAGCAAAAGCAGACUCAGAAAGCAAGCUUCCAUUUGCAUUUGGAGAAGACGCAGGGAGUGAUUCCAAAGAGAAGUUGAAGUCCGCAGAGGCUCAGGCUGUGUUGGAAGCGCUUGGGCAGUCCAUCGUACUUGACAUUGCACCAAUUGAGACUCUUGCAGAGCUUGGUGAACAAUACCGUGAGCUUUCAGAACAAGAGUACCAACGAUACAAAGCUAUUGGAGAAGCAGCGACCCUGGCUCACAAGUCUGGCUUCCAAUCUUUUCCAUCUCCAACGAAGCCAGAUACUGACGCCUUCAAGUCUGGCCUGCAAGCUUUAGCUGCAAGAAAAGAUGCACCCCUUCCUGGCACAGAAUUGGACUCUGGAGUCAUAGUUGCCGCAGAUUCAGACUGGGACUUGAAGGUUUCACUUAUGUUCAGUGGGCCAGAUUCGUUCUAUGAUAAAUAUCAGCAAAUCAAACAGCUGGCUGAGGAGGAACGGCGCCAACGUGUGAUGAAUGUGGAGUUGGGCAAAAAACAAGUGGCUGAGCUUCAAGCACAUGCGGGUUCAGCUGUGAAUCAUGACUUUGUACAAGACACGACCAAAAAGAACAUGACAAAGACAGCAGGUGGAUUUCUUCUUGCCAGCGGUCCUGCAAACUCUGUUGUGUCAUUUGAUUGGGUGGCCAUCAUGUCCAAUGCUCUUGCUGGUGUUCGUCGAGCUUUGAAGCUGGAUUCCAAUCUACGGGAUGAAUUGAACCAACGGUGCAAGCUCAUGAAAGAGUGCAAUGCCAAGACAGAGCAAAUCCCACCACCAAAGCAAGGCUUUCAACCGAAGAUAUGCCAUUCUCUGUGUGUUUGCUGCUGUGGCCAGAACAAGUAUGCCUUAUGGUGCCAUGAGAACAUCUCCAAAUUGUUUCGUCAUAUUUUCUGGAAGAAGAAGAAGUUGAAGGAGUGCUCAUUUCCUCGCAAGCUUUUGGAUAGCGGCAUGAUUUUCUUGGAGAUCCGUUCUUGGCCAAGGCUAAGCCUGAGCAGCAAACCUCACAAUGUUUGCCAUGCUGCUUCUGAGUGGGAUCUUUGCUUUGAGGAAGAGAAGGCUGCAUCGACAGAAGGAAUUGAGUCGGAGGCUUUCAGGAACUUGGAAUUUUGCUUCUACAUUGGGCAAAUCAAUCUUCGCACUUGGCAUUUUUCAGUUCUCCAAAUGGAGAAGGUGAACCAGAAUGGCAUUGAGACUGAGAAUGCUUGCUGCCACUUGCGUCCACUCAUCAAUGAUGAUCCUCGCAAGGGCUUGUUCACUGACAUGGAGGUAUUCACGCAGCUAUUGAACCUGGAGAGAAGUUGGUCCUUCAGAUUGCGGGGGUUUUCUUCUGAAGAUUGGCCAACAUUCAUGGGUGAAACUCAGUCCAUCAUUCCUUCAACUCUGUUGGCUGGCGAGUCUGUCUUCUGGCAAGGUUUUGACAAAGAACGGUUGAGAAGGGAGGGCAAAAGAAAGGGUGGCUCAGGUGGUGGCGGUGGUGGUGGAAGGAAGCGCAACACUGCCAAGAGACCCCGUGUGAGAAAAAAUGAUCCUGUCACUGACCGUUCCAAAGUAGAGUCAGAGCAGGAGAACGAGCUGGAGAUUGACACAGAGAUGGAGGCAGAAGUUCUUGAACAUGAAGAGAACGAUGAGAAUCCUUAUGGCGAUGGUGGGGAUUCCAGUGGUGAGGAGCAGCAGGAUGACAAUGAUGAUGGCUUUGAUGGCUUUGACUCUGGUGGUGGCAAUCAGCUGCAAGAACAGAGUGCUGACAAUAAUGACCGUGACCAAACAGAGGCACCAGCAGUGGCAGCAUACUUGAAGGAGGCAGAUGAAGCCAGUGCAAGUGAUGAUUCUUUCUUGGAUUUAGACUCUGAGAAGAAAAACAAUGACUCAGAACAGCCUCAGCCUCACAGGCCUGACGAGCCUGACAGUGAGAAAGAUGGCCCUGUCAAAGCAGUGGCAGCGGCAGCAGCGGAAACAGAUCAGCCACGACAAGAAGCUCGAAGCUCUGGGCACAGAGGCAAGCGCAGUGGCAGACCAAUAGGUCUUCUUGUUGCCUGGCUGGAGCUGGCCAAUGAGCGCAGCGCGAAGACAACUCACGUGUGCUUCAUCAUUUUCUUCCGCAAAGACAUCUUUACAAUGGCCGAUGUGAAAGGCUUCAAAGCAACGUUCAAGGAUCUCAAGGAAAAGAUUGUUCAGCUCUUCGUUCCCAAGAGCUUUGAUGACCUGAUUCUGCCAGAGAACAGCUCCAAACUUCAAGAGAUUCAAGCACCUGUUCAGCAGCGGAUGCGUGCUCGUGGACAGGACCAAGGGCAGCUGGUUUUGCCUAAGAAGAGGCAAUCAGAGACUGCCUUGGCCGAGGUUGAGUACCAGAAACCAUCAGAUGGAAGUCAGUCUUUCCACAAAGACUUUGAUGAGGCAAAGGAGACAUUCGACAACAUGGAGACUACUAUGCAAUUUACUCCAUCCAGUGAAAUUCAUCGGGACAAGACUUAUGGAUUCGAAGUCUUUCAGGAGUUUGGUAUCCUUGACGCAGCCGAAUUUCAACGUGUCACCGGAAUCACACCAAAAGCUGCUGGGAAAAAGCCAUGCCCAGUACCUAUUGCAGGCCCUGGUGUCAAGAGCAAGGACAUGUACUUGGUUGGACUGGUGGGUUUGGACGCUGCCCAAAUCCUGGCCAUGCGAAGGGUAAGGAUAUCCUUCUCUGAGACAACCACACACUGUCAGUGUUACCUGCAUGCUCAGGAGCAGCUGUUGAAAAACCAGGGUCAAUAUGUCUUCAGCUUUGUGAAUGACAAGGUUCAGAAGGAAGCGCCCACUGACUUGGUCACAGCGGUGAAGACGGUGGAAGACUAUAUGGAGAAAACGAAGGCUGACUCUGAGGGCAUGCACGACCAGACCAUGACCAGUACCACAGACUCUGUGAACCAUAGCCCUGACACUAGCCCAGCUUCAUUGACAAGUGCUAUGGCUGUCACCAUCACCAAUACGCCCACCAGUGCGCCGGCCAGGGACGCCAGAAGGCUUGCUAAUGAGCAGAGCCUUCAACAAGUCGCUGAUGCGAGCAUGGAGGAACCUGAACACAAAGGUGAGUGGUCUGACUCUGAUGAUGGGGCAGAUGGUGGCAAGGGCAAGGGUGGCAAAGGCAAAAAGCGACGGCAAGGACCUGGCUUUGAUGAUGGUGAUGAAGAGGCAGCCACAGCCAAAAAACAACCCAAAGCCCGUGCUCGCAAGGGUGCUGCUGAUCCUUAUGCCAAUGCUUCUUCUGCAGAGCAUCAGCAUGUGCCAGAUGACUCUUCAGGGGCUAGAUGGAUCAAAGAUUCUCUCAAGAAGGCGAAGCACACAAAUGCAGCCCAAAUGCUGCAAGAGCGCAUUGCACAGGUUGAGUCAGCAGACAUUCUGGUCACCAAGGAUUUGACCAGUAUGACAGCUGAACAUGUCGCCAAUUGUGUGAAGGCCAUUAGGCCUGGAUGGCGUAACCUUCACAUGUCGACCAAGCUCAAGCUGUGCCUUCAUGCAGCCAAUCAGAAGCUUUCUGAAUCCAAGGUCGCUGAAGCUUUUGAUGUUCUCUCAGACGCCUUCAAGUUUGAGGGGGUAAACUUUGGAGAUCGCAACAGCUUUGAUCCCUUGAAUCCACAGUUCCAUGUCUGGGUGGAGGAGCUGAUGUGUCAAUCCUAUGACAUCAUGGAGGGAAACAAUUUGCUUCCAGAGGUAGGUGAAGCGGAACUUUCGGUUGGCUUUGAGGAACUCACAGAGAAGCUUGAGGCAAUCAGCCAGCCGCUCUCUUCCCAGAACCCGGAGCUAAAGACCCUGAAGGAUAUGGCUGAAGACCCUCAGCUUAUUGACUUAUGA